AUGGCGAUCGGCUCCAAGUUCAACCUGCUUGCCACUGGUCGAAAGACCGACGGGCCUACUCUGGCGUCGGCCUCACCCCCAGACAUUGAGACUCCCGCUGGCGCUGAGAAAACGGCGACCUUAACCGCCAACGACAAGGAAGCCAACAUCAGCGACAACAGCAGCGACGAGGCGGCCCCGUCGCAUAAUGUCCAGGGUGGUGUGCAGAAGAUUCAAGCUGUCACGCUGGUGUGGUCGAAAUGGUCGCUGAUUGCGGUUUUGUGUCUUCUGUGGCUCGUCACCCUCGCCAACGGCUUCCGGACCGCCAUCCUCUACAGCUUGACUCCCUACGCAACGAGUAGUUUCCAGAGCCAUUCGCUCCUGACUGUCAUCAACAUCGUGUCCAGCUCCAUGGUUUCUGCCCUGUAUAUCCCCGUCGCAAAAGUCGUGGAUGUCUGGGGCCGUGCGGAGGGGUGGCUGGUGAUGGUUGGCUUCUCGACACUGGGGCUGGUCAUGAUGGCUGCGAGUAAGAAUCUGGAGACAUACUGUGCGGCGGAUGUCUUCUACUCCGUCGGUUUCGCAGGAAUGAACUACAUUCUCUGCGUUCUCGCAGCAGACAUCACCAACCUCCGCAAUCGUGGUAUCGCAUUCGCCUUCACCUCCUCCCCCUACAUGAUCACCGCGUUCGCCGGAUCCAAGGCCUCGGAGAAAUUCCUCCUCAACGUGAGCUGGCGCUGGGGCUUUGGUGCCUUUGCCAUCAUCUUUCCCUUCGUCGCGUCGCCUGUCUACUUCGUGCUCAAGGUCGGUCUCAACCGCGCCGAGAAGCAGGGCAUCAUCCAGCCGCGCCAGCGCAGCGGCCGGACAUUCUGGCAGAAUGUGCACCACUACUUUUUCGCUUUUGAUAUCCCAGGAGUCAUCCUCCUCGCCGGCGGCCUAACCGUCUUCCUCCUCCCCUUCACCCUCGCCUCGACCGCCCCGAACGGCUGGAAAACAGACUACAUCAUCGCGAUGAUCGUAACGGGCUUCGUCGUAAUGGUCCUCUUUGUGCUCUACCAAGCCUACUGGGCCCCGCAACCCUUCCUAAAAUACGAGUUCCUAACCGACCGCACCGUGCUCGGCGCCUGCCUUAUCGACGCAACCUACCAAAUGUCCUACUACUGCUGGAACGCCUACUUCAACUCUUUCUUGCAGGUCGUCUCAAACCUCGGCGUUGCAGAAGCAGGCUACGUCGGGUCCACUUUCCAAGUCGUCUCCGGCGUUUUACUGUUCAUGGUUGGCUUUGCGAUCCGCAAGACUGGAUACUUCCGCUGGCUGCUGUACUUCGGUGUCCCGCUGUAUAUCUUUGCACAGGGUCUCAUGAUCCACUUCCGCCAGCCAAACCAGUAUAUCGGGUACAUUGUAAUGUGCGAGAUCUUUAUCUCCAUCGGCGGAUCCAUUUUCACUUUGCUCGAACAACUCGCCGUCCUCGUCGCCGUGGACCACCAGCACGUCGCGGCAGCCCUCGCCGUCCUCUUCAUCUGCGGCGGAAUUGGCGGCGCCGUCGGGAACGCAAUCUCCGGCGCCAUCUGGACGAAUACGUUCCUCCCGUCGCUGAUGCGGAAUCUGCCGGAGAGCGAGCUGCCGAAUGCGUUGAGCAUUUACAGUUCUAUCACGGUGCAGCUGAGCUACCCGGUCAACUCCCCAGAAAGAAUUGCGAUUCAGAAGUCCUAUGGGUAUGCGCAGACGAGGAUGUUGGCUGCCGGGACCGGGAUCAUGGUUCUGAGCUUCAUUUGGAUGUUUAUGAUUCGGAAUUAUAAUGUCAAGAAUAUGAGUCAGACGAAGGGGAUGGUGUUUUAG